CAUGUGAGAGAUGCACCAUGACGACACGUCGACCCGCUCCCGGCGCCACCUACCUUGCAGUUCUCGUACUACUGCUCGCCGCCGCUGCGCCGACGCGUUGCCGUAGCAACGCCGCCGAUGACGUCAUCGCCGCGUCGUUCGUCGGCGACGCGCGCCGCCCGUUCGAACACCUCGCGCGCGACCCCGACACUGGCGCCCUCUAUGUGGGUGCCGUCAACGCCCUCUACCGGCUCGACGCGAACCUGACGCGUCACGAGGCGGCGACGACGGGUCCGCGCGACGACGAUGUCGGCUGCAGCCUCGGCCGGCCCUGCGCCACCGGCGUCCCCACCGACAACCACAACAAGGUGCUCGUCGUCGACGCCGCCAGGGGGCGCCUCGUCGUCUGCGGCAGCGUCGCGCACGGCGUCUGCGACGUUCGCCCCCUGGCGGCGAUCUCGAGCGUUGCGCGCGCGGCGCCGACGACUCCGGUCGCCGCGAACAACGCCAGCGCCCCCACGGUGGCUUUCCUCGCGCCGGGGCCGCGCGGACGCUCCGUGCUCGUAGUGGGCGCCACCGUAGCGACGCACGACGGUGGCGCCGCCGCCGCGCCGACGACGUCCGCGUACUGGGACAGCGUGAAAGCCGUCGCCUCGCGAACGCUCGAGGACGACGGCGAUCCCGCGACCUCCGACCUCUUCCGAUUCGUCGCGAAGGACGCGGUCAGCUCUCUGGGGACGUUCGUCGGGUUUCGCUCGGGCACGGGAAGCCACCGGCUCACCUACCCCAUCCUCUACCGCUCCGGAUUCAGCGCGGGCGGGUUCUCCUACCUGACGACGGUUCAGCGCGCGACCCUUGACCCCGGCGCACCGUACGUGUCAAAGGUCGCGCGCGUCUGCGAGGCUGACGUCGAGUACCGCUCAUUCUCCGAGGCGCGGCUCGUCUGCGCGGCGCCCCCUGGCGACGACGCCGGCGGCGACUACGACGUGUUGCAAGCGGCGACCUCUGGGAGGAUCGGACGCGAUCUCGCGGCCGACCUCGGGUUGACCCCGCAGGACGAAGUGCUGGUGGGCGUGUUCGCGCGCGCCCGCAGCGACGACGGCGGUGGCGCCCCCUCGUGGGAGCCAUCGGGAGACAGCGCCCUCUGCUUGUAUCGGCUGCUGGACGUCGAGCGGACGUUCGCGACAAACGAGCGGAAGUGUCGCGACGGCUACGGCAGCUCCAUCUACUGGACGGGAACGAUGCAGGACUGCGUCAAG